GACGUUUAACACACCUGGAUUCGUCGAUACAAAAUGUCAGUGUACGCAAAAAAAUGAAAAGAAAUUAAGUUGUAACAAGUACCUAAGACGAAAACGAGGUCCUAAAGAUCGUGACGAUCGUGACGUAAAUUUUCCGCUUCGUGACGUAGAUUUUCCGCGAGAUCGAGAAGAAAACCGUGAAGUAGAUAGCAACAAUAUAUUACCAAACGAACAUCAUCUUCCUCUCAAAGGAACGUCUGACAAAUCGAAUGAAACUCGUGAGGACAUAUUUGAUUCGUUGCUCGAAGAAACAUCAAAUUCACAUACGGAACAUUUUGAUCCAAUCAAUCGUCAGGAUUUCUCUGACUCAG